AUGUCGUCUUCUUUAGCACCUAAAAUAUUGUCAAUGCGUUUGGAUCAAUUGGAUGUAUUGAUUCCUCAAACCGAAAAUGAAUUACAGCAAUCAUUGGAAGAACUUAGUAAAAUAAAUAAUAAAAUUGAUGGUCUUAAACAAACAUUAAACAAAUAUAAAGAAGAAGAAGUUGAUGUAUCUGUACAAUUCGCCGAUUUAAAUAAAGAAAAAGAAAAAACAGAAAAAUCUCGUUUAAACGGAUUAACUACAAAAGUAAUGGAAAGUUUAGUCGAUGUUAAUGAAAAGGAAAAAGAAAAGAAAAAAAUACAUUUAUAUCAAUUAGCUGCAUUAAUUCUUCAAAAGGAAGAAGAUAUAAAGAAAUUACAUGAUAAUAUUGCCAAAAUUGAUAAACGUGAUGGAGAAAAUAUUUGUAAAAUCAAAAACAAAAUUAUUGAUCUUGAAAAACAAUUACGUGAACAUAAAAAUAAAGAAAAUCAUCUAUUAGAAAAUUUAACAGAUGUAAAAGAAAAAACCGAAAAUGAAAAGAAAAAGUUUCGUUUUUAUCAAUUACUCGUGUUGAUUCAACAAGGUGAAAGAAAAUUGCAAAAAUUAUCGAAUGAUAUUAUCGAAAUGAACCAAAAUAAAUCGGUAAUACCUGAACAAAUGAAUAUCAAUAUUAAUGAUGUUCGAACAAAACUCAACAAGUAUAAAGAAGAACAAAAUGAUUUAUAUAAAUCAUUAGAUAAUGAAGAUAAAGCAAAAGAAGAAGAAAAGCAAAUAUGUCGUUUAUACGAAUUAGCUACAUGGAUUGGUCUAGAAGAAACAACAUUGAAAGAAUUACGUUACGAUUGGACCAAAAUGAAACAAUAUCAUCAAGCUAAAAUUGACAAAUUGCAUCCAAUAAUUACGAAUCAUCAAAGUCAAUUACGACAACUUAAAUAUGAACAAAGUAAUAUGACUUUGAUCAUUAGAAAAAAAAUUUAG